AUGCCUACACUGACCUCAAUUGAUAUUAUCGCAGCUUCCCCAUCAACUCCUUCGGACAUCAGCUAUGACACAAUUCAAGAUAUUCGUUCUCCCUCAUCGUAUCAAUGGAAAACCACCUGCCUUGGUGGUGCAAAUGCUGCAAUCGAAGGAAAUACCCUUCCGUCAUACAUUUCUCUGCCACCAAUCUUUGGCCACAGUCGUGCCUCGAAUGCUUUCAAUACAGAUGCUCUCAGUGAAAAUCUGCAAGAGGAGGUUUUCAAAUGGCAAAGCCCGACCCCAAACUACGCUCUUGCAGCCUCUCACGAGUUUCAAAUAGUCUCCCAACUCGGAGUGCUGGGCGAAAACCAUAGCCAGGCAAAAUGCUGCUUCGGCAGUGUCCCAUCCAAUACAGAACAUUCAGAAGAAACGAUACAAACAAACGGAAGAGCUGAAGCUUACCCAACGUUUGAAUGA